AUGGCUGAUUUAGUUUGGCUCCUUGUCAGGAACAAUAAUUCCUUCUUGGUUAAACGUAACGGUGUUCAGUUUACCUCUGAACCUAAUAAUAUAACCAACACAAAUUCAUUCAAAUAUUCGGGACUUGCCAAUGAUAAAGCAAUUGGUAUAAUUCCAAAUAAUUCCUCUCCUUCCAGUAAAAAAGCCAAAGGAGUAACUGUUGUCAAUAAAAAAACCAAGACAGCAUCUUAUAAACCAGCAAAAGGAAUUAAUAAAGUGAACUUGACAAAAGGAGUACGUAAAUCAGCUAAAAGUUUUAUUAAUUCUUAUACAAAAGUAGAUUAUCGUCCUGACUUGCGCAAGGUUUGA